AUGUCCCAGCCUCCCCAGGACCUCUCCUUCAAGGUCCUCAACCUCCUCAGCCGCGAGCGCGGCGUUUACGGUCUCCGCAAUGGCGACCACGAGCGCUACCGCCAUCACUGCGCGAACAAGCUCCACCGCCUGCGCCAGGUGACCGGGCUUACCUCGGGCAAGGGCAAGGUGUACAAGAAGCCUGCUCCUAUCACUCUCGAAUCGGUCAAUGACGUCCGUCACCUCCAGCUUGUUCUGUUCACUGCCGAGCGUGCGCUCGCCCACUCACACGAGUUCAAGGCGCAGCUCGCCAAGCCCAACGCUCCCAAGGAGACCCGCAAAGAGCAGAUCUCAUGGCUCCGUCGUGCGCUCAAGUCGUCGGCCCAGCUGCACUCGAUCUCCCAGGCUCUUGCCGCCGAGUCCCCCGCCCGUCUCUCGCAGCAGACCCUCGCCGAGGUUACCAUCUACUACCUCUCGCUCCGCGCCGAGCUCAACUUUGAGCGUGCCGCUUACGCCGACGUCCUCGCGGACCUGGCCGCCCGUCGCCGUCUCCUCAACACCCUCGCGGACGCUGCACGCGACUCGUACGACCAGGCCCUCGCCGUCGAGUUCAUGGACGCGUACGACCCCCUCAUCCGUUUCAGCGCGUACAAGCUCGGCCGCACCGAGUCGCACGACAUUGACGGCGUUGUCGCUGACAUUGACAACGACAUGAUGGAGGAGGCCCUCCCCGGUCUCGCCAAGCUUGUCGAUGGCCUGCGCGCCGAGACCAACGUGGCCGAGAUCGAGGCCGGUCGCCGUACGCUCGACGCUGUCGAGUUUGCCGGUGACAAGGUCGAAUUCCGCAAUGCCGAGAUUGUGGACGCCAUGCUCCGUGUACAGGACGCUCUUGGUAAGCUCAAGGGCAAGGCCGACACUGGCAAGGGCCGUGGCAUGAAGGGCUGGGACCGCGUUCUCGGCGUGCUCGGCGAGGCCGAGGGUGUCGCUCGUCGUCUCCUCGAUGACCACGAGGCCUCGGGCUCGUCUGCCAACCUCCGCUCCACUCGCACCGGCCAGUCCCUGUCGCUCGCCCACCAGUACAUUGUCUUCCUCCUCCUCUCGCACCGUAUCCGCCGCGACCUCUUGCUUGUUGACACGCUGUCUGCAUCGUCCCACCUCCCUGCCAACGCCACCGACUUUAAGAUCCCCGGUGGCCGUGCCAAGGUCGAGGAGGCAAUCAAGGCCCUCGCUGCAGUGGUCAAGCUCUACGACACUGUCCUGCAGAGCUUGAGCCAGCUGCGCAGCCUUGCCAUCGUCGAGGAGAAGGAGGGUGUGAGGCGAGCCGCAGAGGGCGUCGAGGCCUACUUCCACGCCACCAAGUGCUUCCAGCUCGCUCGCCUCCACUGCGUGCACCCCACCCCUUCGUACGCUUCUGCCACCCAGCUCCUGUCCACCUCGACCAACCUCGUCGGCCAGGCAAAGGACUCGCUCUUCGCCUCGGAUGUCGCUCUGCAAGAGGAGGUUGUCAAGCUCUCGCAGGCGGACGUCGACGGUCUCGGCGAGCGUGUGGCCGCCCUGGAGCUCGCUGCCAAGCGUGCCCUCUUCUCGCAGACUGUGACCAAGCCCGUGUUCUUUGACACGGCGUUCAACUAUGUCGACCUGCCCAUGGAGGACCUUCUUGACCAUGCUGGCAAGGGACUGACCAAGCCCGCCCCCGUGGCUACCCCCAAGAUUGUUGCGCCGAAGCCUGUGGCUGCGGCGGCCAAGCCUGCCGUUGGUCGCGAGAAGACUCGUGAGGCGACUCCUGUCCCUGACACCGAGGAGCCCGCCGCUUCUGCCGCUCAGCAGAAGGGCUGGCUCGGCGGCUGGUUUGGACGCAAGUAA